CGCGAAUUUAUUGCAAAAUUGAAGGAAACAUUAGAAAUGGGCAAGCAUAAAACGCCAAGGCAAGACGAAACUUUUUUUAAGUUUUAUGGAGCAGCAUCCUGACAUUGCCAAAAAUUAUGUCAAGGGCGACCGAGUGGCAGCGGAGGCUCUUUGGGCAGAACUGGCCAAAGAAUUAAACAGCCAAGGACCACCACAAAAAGAUAUCAACGGAUGGAAAAAGGUUUGGUCGGACUGGAAGGGCUGCGUACGCAAAAAAAUUGCACACAACAAAUCGGAGACAAGAGCUACCGGCGGAGGUCCCUUCGACCAAUUUGUCUUAAGCUGCACUGAGGAAAAAAUUGCAGAACUUUGCGGUCUUUAUACUUGUGUAGAAGGUAUUCCACAAAGUUCCUCAUUCGGUGUACAAUGCGACAAUAGCAAUGAAUCAUCUGAUGACGAAAAUCCCACACCGAGUACUUCAGCGGUUGCAACAAGAACGCGAAGACCAAAUUCAAUGCAAGCAUGUAUCAAAGAACACAUGGCCACGGAAGCAGGUGCGGUUGAUUGUAUAUCUGGAACGUUAGGGAAGCUCCUGGAAAGUUUUGAUGACACCAAAAAUAUUUUGAAAGAUAGCAAUGGUGCAGUGAUAAAAUCGAUGGAAAAGUUAUGCGAUCUCAUUUCAAUACAGAACUCUCUUACCGCAGAACAAAAUGAAAUUUUGCGUCAGCAUAAUUCCAUAAAGGAGAGAAUUGCGUAAGAAAAAAGUGAUAUGAAGAAACGCAUGUUGGAG